AUGCCUCCUAAGUCGGCAAGGAAAGUCGCUCGUCAACUUGAAGUGUCUCCAGACCCAUCACCAGCUGUUGCCAAGCCUAAACAAGUCAAAGCGAAAAAGACCAGCAUUGUUAAUGUGCCACGCACAAAAGCAGAUCCGACCACUCACAAGAGUUUAGUACCUUUGAAACUGAAGCACAAACAUACUGAUAGUGUUACCGAAGAUGAGGAGGAGGAUGGCGAUGAUUCUGAUGGCAGUGCGGACUUGGAACCUGAUAAGCCUCAAGCUCAAGCCGUUUAUGGUCGUCCUCGCAAACUCUGUCGCACAUAUGCCAUGUGUGAUGUCUCUGCGUUAUUCGAGUCUGAUGAAGACUUGGAUCAGGAGGAGGAAAACGGCAUUGAUUCUGACGCUGACCGUGAGGAGAGUGAGGGCGAGCCUGAGGAUCUGGAGUCAACUGCCAUGAUGCUCUCUGACGAGGUCCCUUCGCUUGUCAGCAACGUUAAAGUCAACUUGAAGUCAAAGCAAGUUAAAUCUCAUGAAAAAACCCAGUCUGCCCAUGAUGCCAAACAAGCUGCAGAGAUUCCAACCUGGCGCGAUUUUGACAACACCGAGUCCACUGAUGGAACCACUACUGCUUGUCACGGCGACUCCUCUGAGCCUUACUCUAGCGAUGUUGAACUUCGUGCUCUGGAACCCAACUCUGCACUGACUCGAUCGGUUCAGACUGGCAUUGCUGCUCUCGUUCGAACGGAGAAAGGACACGUCAAAUUACUUGAUCAAAAUAACGAGACUCGGCAAGUAGUGCGAGAUGCGAUUAUUGAUGCCAAAGGUUACAUCAUCUUUGUCGAUGCUUAUCCUGAGCUAGUUGACAAAAACCAAGUUGCACUGCAGUCUCUACUAACAGUGGCUAGGAAUCGCGGUGUACAUGCCAUUAAAGAUUGUCUUCGAACCGAUGCACAGUAUGCUGCUCACCUCACUAGUUUAGUGGAGCCACGCAUUCCGUUAUUGUGCCGUGACCUUAAAGUUGCCGCAUGCACCAACAUUGAUACUUACUUUCGGCUCAGCAAUAAUGUGGUCAAGGCAAAGAAAUUGAUGGAGCAGCAUGCAUAUAUCUAUGCAUUGAAGUUUGAUUUGAACGACAAUGCUUCACCCAUAGGCAAAAAACCCUACCAGGGUGACCUGCUGAUCUUUCUCAUAUAUGAGGCAGUCUUCAGUGGUGCAAAGUCUAUUGGCAUCAAGUUGAUCGAGCACUUUGCCAAACUGGCGAACAACAAGGGCAAUCGUCCUGAAUGCCCCAUUCUGUUACUCGCACUUGUGGCAACAGCGGUCUAUGCAGCCCUUUUCUGGAAGACACUCAGCUCACCAGGGAAGUUUAACUUUACAGGGAAUCAAUUCAGUGAGACGUAUGUGUUUCAUGUCAAUUUCCUCGAGGACUUGAAGCGGGAUGCACCGGGAGAGUUUCAUUGCAUGAUGGCUGAUAUUUACGAAGCUGUACAGACCUUGAAACGGAAGGGGAAUGAUCAUUUCGUUAAUGAGCAUCAAGAUGCACUGGGGCUACUCUAG